AGAGCGGAAAUCCGGUCCAACAUCACGGCUUCACCACCGCCCACAAGUCGCACCCACCGUCGCACGAACGGGUCUCCUUUCCUCCGGUCCCCGCGAAUCGCCGCCAUGCCGCGCCCGACGGUCUCCUCCUCCUUCGCCGGCCGCCACACGGCGUCGGCGGCGGCGUCCGCCGAACCAGAGCUGGGCUCGAACCCCUCCUCUUCCUUCGCGGCGGCGGCGGAUUCCUCCAUGGCGUCGCUCAUCGAGCGCGCCACCUCCACCACCGCGCCCGCCGUCGACCCCGCCCUCCUCCGCGCCAUCAAGUCCUCGGCCCGCGCAUCCGACGGUGCCAUCCGCGAUGCGUUCCGCCUCCUGCUCUCCCUCAUGUCGAAGCCCCACUCCCACGUGCGGCUCCUUGCCUUCAGCAUCGCCGACGAGCUCUUCAUGCGCUCCAAGCUGUUCCGCUCCCUCCUCGCCGACGCGCUCGAUGGCUUCCUCCCGCUCGCGGUCGGGUUCCGCCGGGCGCACCCGCUCCCGCCACCGACCGCCUCGGCGGCGCUGCUCCGGAAGGCCGCCGUCCAGGCGCUCGAGCGCUGGCACCACCUCUUCGGCGCGCACUACCGCCAGCUCCGCCUGGCCGUCGAGUACCUCAAGGUGUCCGCCCGCGUCCAGUUCCCUGUCCUACGGGCCACCGUGGAGGCUCGAGCGGCCCGCGAGGCGCGCACGCAGGAGAUCCUGGCCGCCAAGGUUGAGCAACUGCGCGGAAACCUCGCGUCAAUCAAAGAUGAAAUCCGGUCGACGAUGGAUGAGAUUCGCAACGGGUUGGAGAUCAUCCGUGCUGAUUAUGAAAAAUUUGAGGGCUAUGGGAAUGAUGAUGAUGCAGAGGAGGAGAUUGCAUCCCUGUCGAUGCGCAGUAUUAGGAUGGCUUCAUUGAUGGCCGGAGAGUGGGUGCUGGAGACUCAGGAGAAUGAGGCAGUUUUUGAUGCACUGAGGGAAGCUUACCGACUGCUUGUGUCGAAGCAUCUGGUCACUGUUAAGGAAUGGAUAUCUGUGCUUAUAAGGGUCGAUCUUCCAGAUAACAGGUUCAGAGAUUCUGCAUUGAAGGAGUUCAUUGAUAUUAAGAAUGAGAUACGAGCAGUGAGAGAUCGGUGCACUGAGCUUGGCCUUAACCUUGAUAAUGUCAGUAGGCGCAAGGGUGACCAAGAGGAAGAGGAUGAUGAGUUUUGGGUGGAGGGAAACAUAGAGGCCCCUAGUCCUGCCAGAGUCCAGAGCAGUGUAGAUGCUGCAAGCACCAGCAGGGACACCGGAAAGGGAAAGAGGGUGGUGGGUGGAGAGAAAUCUGAUAUUGGCAAGUCACCAGUUGCCGCUAAUGGAACUAGAAAUCUCGACCCAGAGAAAUCAAAGCUCUUUGCUGAAGCCCCUGUGGUGCCAUGGAGCUCUGUCUUGGACCGUUGGGGCUCCAGCGGGGAUGCACAUGUAAACCAGAGGGGGCUUGAGCUCGACAGUCAUUGGGGAAGGGUGGAUAAUGAUGCUGUUAUACCUGCAGCAAAGAUUGCAGAGUUGAAUGUUCAUAGCUCAGUUUAUAGAGAAGCUCCAGUUGAGAUCCUACCAUGUCAUGCCCCUCUAAAGAAAGGAGGACUUUGCCAGAGAAGGGAUCUUAAGGUAUGUCCUUUUCAUGGGUCGAUUGUCCCACGUGAUGCUGAAGGAAAUCCAAUUGAGCAGCACGGUGGUAGUUCUGGUGCCGAAGUAGAUCCUGUUGAGCACUGUGACACAACAGGAAAUUCAAAUGAGCUGAACGGAAACAGUGAUGGUGAUUAUGUGGAGGAGGCCUCUUCUUCAAGAAUGACAGAUUUAAGUAAUGAUGACUAUGGCAGUACUGUUGGAACUCAUGAUCUUGGUAAAAUUACUGUAGAGCAGUUGGUGAGACAGGCAAUUAAAAAUGUCCGGAAAAGAGAUAUGGACCAUAAGGCACUGGAAAGAGCACAACGUCAAAGAAUCCGUCAGCACAAUGAAGACGUUCUGCGGGAGGCAGCUAUCGCUUCAACUUCCCACUCUGCAGCAGCCUAUGAGCAGCCUCCAGAAGCACGGGGUCGAGGCCGCCGAGGUAAAACAAAGGCACCAACGCUGGCAUCAAUGCUGAAGAAGAAAAUUACCACCAAGGAUAGAAUUGCAGAGAGGCUUCUGAACACUCGAGCCACGGAUGCGACAAUAAGAGAGGCUUCUCAUAUUGAAGAUAUGAGCUACAGGGAAGCAUUUCCAAACCAGUGGUAGCAGAAGCAGCUGAGCUGUUAUUGUAUAGAGUGGAUAAACAUGAUAAGAUACAACCAUGUUGGUUAGUGUACGAUCAUCACCUAAAUAAUACAGAACCUGUAGCUGCCUAGAUCAGCCAAAACUGUCUGUCUGUUUUCUGAUAUUCAGUUCUUGUACAGUUGUCUGAAUUAAGUUCCUUGUACAUUUCUUUCCAAUGUUUAUUUUUGACUGUGUGCUCUCAAA